GCAAACUACAUAGCAGAGAGCCAACUCCUCUUUCUCUCUAUCUUCCUUACAGACACAUCUAUAUUCACCGUCACUUCCUUGCCUAUGUUGUACCUUUGUCUUUCUCCUCACCUUCUUAUACCGCUUUUGCCAUCGCGAACGAUUAUUCUGCAAGAGAGGAGGGAAUCAGAAUUGUCCGCCCACUCUUGCAUCAGCAGCCAACAUAGAAGAGUCGACAAGACUCUGGUUGACGGUACGUCUUCAAGGUGAAGAGUUGCCUCGGUUCUUACAAGGACACUUUACAAUCAAUCUUCCUCUUCACCUCCAGUUCGUCUUUCAUCCAAAUCAGUGCUUUGGUGUGAUUUUAUUUAUUACUUUGUGCUUUGGUGAAUAGACAAUUGUACCUGAUUAAGACAAAUAAUCAAUAUGGAUAGCAAGACACACUUUUACAGGAGAUUAGCAUGGAUUCUACUGGUAGCUACAUUAAAUUUUGCUCAAAUAAAUGCAGAAGAGGUAGAUGUUGAAAGGACGAAUUCUGAAAGUCCAGUGGAAGAUGCAACAGAAGACUACUGGGCCGGAAGUGGAUCUGGUCCAGAAGAGGUGGAGUUGAAUCGAACAGAAAUUCGGGAAGCUCUAACUCAUGAAGCAAGUGAUCAAGAUGCUGUGGUUUAUGUUGGAGAAGGUGCUCAAUAUGUUCCUGUCCCUGCUAUCAAAGCCAGAACCCCACUCAGUCCUAAUCUUCAAGCUCUCCAGACACUUCAGGGUCUCCAAGGUCUAACAAGUGGUGGUGGUGGAGGGGGUACAGGAUCAGGAACAAGUACUGAAGACGAGUGGGGACGACAUCCUGAAACUUGGGAUCGAGAACAUCGAAGAUAUCGACCUAAUACUACUAGAGUUCAACACAUCGAGGCAGAAUGUCAAGACGACUACAUGAAGAUCCGAAUCGGUUUCAAUGGAUCUUUCACAGGACUCUUAUAUUCAGCUGGUUACUCUUAUGAUCCUGAUUGCAUGUACGUCAACGGUACUGGUCGAGAUUACUAUGAGUUUUAUAUUCAACUCAAUCGAUGCGGCACUCUAGGUGAGAAUACCCAUCAUCAAGACAGCAGGAAAAAUCCAACGAAAAAUCUCAUGUGGAAUACUGUUACUGUUCAAUAUAAUCCACUUAUUGAGGAAGAAUUUGAUGAACAUUUCAAAGUGACGUGUGAAUAUGGAUAUGACUUCUGGAAGACUGUUACAUUUCCUUUCCUUGAUGUAGAAGUUGCUACGGGGAAUCCUGUGGUGUUCACGCUACAGCCACCAGAAUGUUACAUGGAGAUAAGAUAUGGGUACGGAACCACUGGAACAAGAGUAGCAGGACCUGUAAGAGUUGGAGAUCCUCUUACGCUUAUCAUCUACAUGCGCAGCAAAUACGAUGGAUUUGAUAUUGUAGUGAAUGAUUGUUACGCUCACAAUGGUGGAAACAAACGGAUUCAACUCAUUGAUCAAUAUGGAUGUCCUGUAGAUGAUAAACUUAUCAGUAGAUUUAGAGGAUCGUGGUCUGAGACAGGACUCUUUGAAACUCAAGUCUUCGCCUACAUGAAGACUUUUAGAUUUACUGGAUCUCCUGCUCUAUACAUCGAGUGUGAUGUGAGGAUGUGUCAUGGAAGAUGUCCGAGUCAACCUUGUCAUUGGAGAAAUUCAAAGAAUGUUGCUAAACGGUCUCUAGCUAUUGGAGGUCCUACUACACCUGCCACAAGUUUAUCGGAGAAUGUCAACCUCUUCCAAUCAUUACGAGUUCUUCAAGAAGGUGAAGCUGAAGCUGAAAUAUUUCAAAAUACAACAAUUGCUUCACAAAAUGGUCCAAGUGAAGCAUCAACUGCAGACAAAGUGUGUCUGAGAUCAACAGUCAUAAAUACAAUAGUAGGAUUUAGUUGUGCUUUUGUUUGCACAAUGGUUGGAAUUCUUCUUAUUCUUUGUUCGAGAAUACGACGAGCAGCAAGAGAAAAGCUUCUUAGUGACAGUCUCAGUUAUAUGACUCAUAAAGGACGAAUUAACUAAGAGAUACCGCAAUGUAUUGGGUAAAAUGGUAAAUUUAAAUCUUCAAACGAACCUCUUGUUUCCGCAUACAAUAAUUGUGGAAACCACAAACCUCUCGUGCUUGCGGUUUUAAUUUAUAAUUCGCACACGCGACGAGAUUUUAAUGAAUUAAUAAAUUAAUAAAUCUCAUAUUUAUAAUUAAGAGUCUUCUGACCAAUA